AUGAGAAACUUAAAUAUUCUGUUCAAGAAUGGAUUGAUGAAUUUAUUUUUCUUAGAAGCUGAUCAUGAAGGGAAAAUGGUGCUUGAAGAAGCAUCUGCAUUGGGACAUUUGUAUUCAACAUUUGUUCUGGGAAUGAUGGUGAUGGCUGAAGGGAGACAUAAGAAACAGGAAGCUUUGGACAUGUUGAUCAAUGCUUACCGCAGAGAAAAAGGUAAGUGGAAUCUUAGAGCAACUUAUUCUAAGGUUCAUCUCAAUUUAAAUAGGGAGGGGAGGAAACAUGUACACUUCCAUGGCUUCCAUAGAACUUGUGCAAUGCAUAAGUCUGUAAUUAGUGUGUCAAAUGCUUUUGUGAAUGGAUACAAAUGGGUGUUUAGGUGUGAAAUUUGUUUGUGGAAGGCUUGUUUCGUUAGGUUUUCUAGGGAGUUUGGUAUAAUUUAUGAGUAG